UGGAAGUGUAUAGUGUAGAUAACGCAGGGGCCUUGUCUACAGUGUAUUCGCAACUACGACAAUAAAUAAACACGAUAGAAAUUACUUUUCUCGCAGUACCGCCAGUCCUGGGAACAUUGCAACAACGUGGCAUUUUGAGCAAACAUAUAUUGCAUUUUCUACUAGACUUUAAGGGGGGUUCAAGGACUGGUUUUGUGGUGUUCUUGCAAAACCACUGACUGAGCGUGUAAACAAACUAGCGGAAGUCUUGUCUAGGACACCAAGGAUGUAUUUUGUAGCGUGGAAAAACUGAACGUGAUUUUUGGACACUGCCUGUAGCUUUAAGAUACUGGCCUGCCAUACUGGAAGAGUAAACAGCUUGUUUUGUUUUGUGUUUGUUUGUUUCUUCUACUGUUAAGGGUAACAUGUGUCCAGCAAUGGAGACUGACCCUGAAACUGAGGUUUUUUAUGACCCCUAUGAGAGCUUCAUGCAACACCACCUUCAACACUAUGGGCUUUUCACUGGAAAGAGCUCUGGGUACCAGAAAAGUUUUCACUACAUCGUGUCAGAAAACAGCUCUCCGGACAGCAAUGACUCUGACGUCGAAUGUGAUCACAAGGAAGGACAGAAGAAAACACCCUAUUCUCUUGUGCUGGAGCAAGCCCUGCUGAGGACAAGGCAGCUUGUGUUUGAUUUCCACGGGGGCAAGCAGGUUCCACGAUUACGAGAGCCACGCAGUCUGUUCGCCAUUCCGACCAGGAGCGGCCCGCUGCAGCCCGUCCAUUGGCCAAUCGAGUGUGAGGUCAUCAAGGACAAAAUAGAACACAUAGAAUGGGUGCCACCAGAGCCGGAGGAGUUUUACCACCUUACUGGCUAUGAGCGAACCCCAAUGUGUGUGGGAGAUGACAGAGGCAAUGAUGUUUACUCCAUAGACUCAGCCAUGAAGAGUUUUUAUUUUACUUUUUCCCGUAUUGGAGGCUGCCGAGGACCAAUUAAGGAAGCCGUCUGUCCGAAGGGAAAGGACGACAGCAGUCUGGUGUUUGAGUCCAGGUUCGAGAGUGGGAACCUGCAGAAGGCAGUGCGGGUGGGUCAGCACGACUACGAGCUGACGCUCCGGACUGACCUCUACACCAAAAAACACACGCAGUGGUACUACUUCCGGGUCCAGAACAUGAAGCCAGGGACGACUUACAGGUUUACUAUCGUCAACCUGAUGAAAUCCAACAGCCUGUACAACCUGGGCUUGAAGCCGCUGCUGUACUCUGAGCGGGAGGCCCAUAUCAAGAAGGUGGGCUGGAAGAGGACUGGCAGCAACAUCAAAUACUACAAGAACCAGAGCGGGCAAGGCGGGCAGGACCUGUACUCCCUGACGUGGACCUGCCAGUUCCCUCACGAAAACGACACCUGUUAUUUUGCACACUGCUACCCCUACACCUACUCAGACCUGCAGCGCUACCUCGCAGAAGUUUCCAGCGACCCUUUGAAGUCCCAGUACUGCAAGUUUCGGGUGCUGUGCCGGAGCCUGGCCGGCAAUGUGGUAUACAUCCUGAACAUCACGUCGCCGUCCUCGCCCCAGCAUGCCAAUGCGGUGAAGAAGGCGGUGGUGGUCACCGCCCGGGUGCACCCGGGAGAGACCAACAGCUCGUGGAUGAUGAAGGGCUUCUUGGAUUUCAUCCUGGGCAGCUCGAAUGACGCCCAGCUCUUGCGGGACAUGUUUGUAUUUAAGGUGGUCCCCAUGCUGAACCCGGACGGCGUGAUCGUGGGGAACUAUCGGUGCUCACUAGCCGGGAGGGACCUUAACAGGAACUACAAGACAGUCCUGCGUGAAUCUUUCCCUUGUGUCUGGCACACCAGGAACAUGGUGAAGAGGCUAGUUGCUGAAAAAGAGGUUGUUCUCUACUGCGACUUCCACGGGCACAGCAGAAAGAACAACGUCUUCAUGUAUGGAUGCGACAGUAAAAAUGCCCCCUCACUGCGGCUUCACGAGCGAGUCUUCCCACUCAUGCUGAGUAAAAAUGCAGCGGACAAGUUCUCCUUCAAGAGCUGCAAGUUCAGAGCUCAGAAGAGUAAAGAAGGCACAGGGAGGAUUGUGAUGUGGAGGAUGGGAAUCCCCAACAGUUACACCAUGGAGUCAACCUUCUGCGGAUCCACUCUAGGUGGUAGAAAGGGCACCCAUUUCAGUACAGAGGACUUGAAAUCACUGGGGUAUCACUUCUGUGACACACUGCUGGACUACUGUGAUCCCGAUCCAUCCAAGUUCAGCCAGUGUGUGAUCGAGCUCCGGGAGAUGCUGCAGGAGGAUCUGCGCUUGAAACUGCAGAGACUCGGCAGGGAGAUCGAUUCCAACGCCAGUCUGAGUGACAUCUCCUUGUCUGACAUUGAGUCCAGUCAAAAGGAAAGGAAUACAGACUGCACAAGCGGUUCCAACAGCACAGAGUCGGAUGGUCUCCCUAUGCAUUUAAUUAGCCUUUGUCACCAGUUUAAACAGAAGAAAAAACUCCUGAGAACAAGGAAGGAGAGGAACAAGUUGCGUCAGGAGCGUGACCGCUUACAAAAAACUGUGAGAAAUGAUAACAACAAUGAAAACACCACUAGAACUGCUACGGAGACUAGUAAGAAAGUACAGAAUGUGACCCAAGAGAAACCAGGGGGAGGAAACAGCCAGGAGAAAAAGAGCGAGAAGAGAUACAACCAUAAAGAACGCUCUUCCACAGUACGUGCUUGGAUUCCACAUCCAUCCACUGGAAUCGCCAUAAUCGGGGAUAACAGUCUGUUGGAAAGCAACCAAGAAAAGUAUACGUAUUUGGAAUCGGUGACUUCUGCCUAUCUUCGUAGUGGCGUGCUGCCCAAAGCUUUACUACAGACUGAUGCAGAAGAGUUUGAAUGGAGUGGGCAGCACAGUGUUCCCGUGUCACACCACCAUGUGAGCAGGCAGCGACGAACACUCCCCAUGAGGUCGAUCCAGCAGCAUGGCUUGGGCUUGCUCAGCAAGGAGGGGUCCUGCCCAAUCAGGCUGCACCCCUGUCCAUUUGACUCCCUGCUGCUGGACACAUUGACACAGCCUGAUUUCAAGAGAGGAAUAUCCGCUUCUAGUGGAGAUUUCUCUUUACACAGAUCUUCCACUCUUCGGUCAAGUACGGUAUUGCAAAGCAAGGUGGUUCCUGGUGUUCCAACAUUCAACAGGCUGCUUGUCUUCAGGUCAUCACAUUCCUUAGGGACGUUGGCCUCCAGCCAAGGGUCAGCUCAGGAACCACAGAUGCAGCCGUCCAGUGGAGCUACCAGCUGUAGCUCAGAGACCAUUGAAACUGGCAUGAGGAUGAAGCUAAAACCUGGCAUUGCAGACUUUCCUUCUAUGGAAGAAACGAGUAAUGACAGAGGACCUCCUAAGGACGCCCACUGUUUCCUCCCUGGUUUGAAAAACCUGCAUAGGGAAAUGCCUUUCAAAUCCAUCUCUGAAGAAAAAGCUAAUUUCAGUCCCUUGACAAACUCUUUCUCUCUCAGGCCUCAGAACGAACUGCAAAGGGAAAAACUGCAGAAACUACAAAAAAUGACUUUGACAACAGCAGGAAAGCUCCCCCCUCGGAGAGGAAUAAAGAGCAAACCAGCUGAAGCUCAUGGCAUGGGACAAGAGAAUGGGGUGGGGAAACAGGGCAGGGCAGGAAAGCUGCAAGGCCCCGUUUCAGGUGACCCAGAAGAUCUUGCUCCAACAAACAGCAGACAAAGCUCCUUGCUCGAAACUCUUAAACUGAAACUGUCAUCUGUCAACCUGAGGGAUGAAUGUGAUUAGAAAUUUGAAUCUGGAAGGUUUUAGGUUAGAGCUGGAUUCUGUUGAGUCUUUGACAGGCUGCUCUCUUGUAAACUGCAGGUGCUAAGACUACAUUUUAAAUUCCAAUAGCUUUGAACAGGGCUCGAUGAAAGUUAACAUUUAAAAUGCAGGUAAUCAUAUAUUGACUUGAAUUGUUCAAAAUUACUGGGCCAAUUGUUUAUUUAUUUUUGUAUUUAUAACGUUUUGCCAAUUUAACCAUUGAAUGUUCUUUCAUUUAAUAUAUUUUGUACUGGCAAGUUUUAUUUUAGCCGACAGCAGAACCUCACA